AUGAGCCAGAGCUUCAAACCAAAUGACAAUGCUUUGCCGGAGUCUCCUUAUGAUACAGCGUUUCUGUCACAAAGAGAUUUGGGAUUAAACAUUCCCAUAAAUUAUGCUACUGCUCCGGGUGUUUCAUUGACGGCCGCAUGUUUUCCAUCUCUAAAAUAUGAGGAUGAUGAUUCAGCUAUCUGUAUAUCGAAUUUAUUAGCUGAUGGAUUUCGAAGACUGGAAGUGGAUUUGUAUUGGGACCAGACGAGACAAUUAUGGAGUUUUUGUCCCGUUGCCAUACCAGUCUCGGCCUCAAGCAUUGUAUCCUCGCCAACUCCAACAUCAACACUUCCUUCCACCACGGCUAGUUUGACUUCAGCCCAACAAACAACGGAUUUGAUUGCGAGGCAGGAUUCAAGUACGGAGGAUCCAGGUAGUACUUUCACUUCAAGUCCGUCUAUGCGUACUAUGUCGGCAGAGUCUUUGAUGGGAAGCUCACUCGAAUCAACAUUACCUGCAAACUCUGUCAUUCCAACCUCUUCCAACAAACAACUGUACAAUAUUGGCCCUUACACUUGUACUACGACUGUCAACUUGUUUAUGCUAACAAGCCUGCUUUUGGACUACAUACAAAAUACACAAAAUACAAUAGAUGCACACAUAUUGAUUGUGACCCUCAAUAUCCACGCAGUAAAAUUGGAUGGUGAUACUGCUGGUCCUGCCCCUCAGCCAUUGGUUCUCCCAGAUGUUCUGAAUUCUCUAGAAUCACUUUUCUCGGCAAAUUUAUCAGCAUACAUCUAUACACCAAAUGAUCUAAGGUCCAACCGAGCAAAUCUGAAUGAAUCUUGGUAUUCAGUUACAGAAAGAUACAGACCUGCUCUGGAUUAUUAUACGACAGUCACACAGGAAUUCGGAGUGAUAACGACAGAAGAUGGUUGGCCAUCAGAAGCUUAUAUCGAGUUUUCUCGAGGCAAACGAAUGCUUUUACAAUUUGGCUCGGUGGACCCUCAAAUGACGAAAUAUGAUUUUAAUGGAGAUGAAGACACUAUCUUUUCUCAAAACUAUAUUGAUAACCGCCGCGAGAACGAUAUCUUGGCAAGUUCUGAUGGUAUAUUGACAAGCGGUUGCUUCCUCCUCAAUGCCACCGAACAAGUUUCCCAGGUAAAUUCAUCCUGGGCAACCGCAGCCAAUAUUCCAAGUUUCGACUAUCCCACAAACUCAAGUUCCAACCUAACCUCCCUUCUCAACCUAACAUCGUCCCUCACAGCAUGUGGUAUAUCCCCCACCCUAAACACCACCCUCCUCAACACCACCGCCAGCACCAACAACCCUCCCUACAAAAAUUACACCCACUCCACCAUCUGGUCCUGGGCGCCCCACGAACCCCGCAGCUUCUCCUCCUCCACCGACAACAGCGACUCCCUAUUCCGCUGCGCCGUCCUCCAUCCAACCACCAACCACUGGCACGUAGCCGACUGCUCCACCAAACUCUACGCCGCCUGCCGCGCCCCCUCCCAACCCUACAACUGGACCCUCACCACCUACGGAAUCUCCUAUUCCUACGCCUCACGCGCCUGUCCCACCCCCUACACCUUUUCGGCCCCCCGCACCGCCCUCGAAAACGCCUACCUAACCCAAACCAUCCACAACCUCUCCCCAAAUCGCGAUCUCGACAACGACGACCCGAAAAUCUGGCUGGAUUUCAAUUCGCUGGAUACGAAAAAUUGUUGGACGACCGGCGGUCCAAAUGCAACUUGUCCGUAUAGUCAACAAGAGACGAUCGAUGAUAUGAUGAAGAAGGAAAUUUUGGUCCCGACGGUCGCGGCGCUUAUUGUGUUGAUAUUGACCGGCCUUUCGGUGUUUGGAAAGUGUGCGGGGAGGGGGUGGGCGAGUACGAGGAGGAGGGGGAUGAGGAAGAGGAGGAGGGGUGGUGACGUGGUGGUUUAUGAGGGGGUGCCUGCUUAA